GUCAUCGGAUCCCGAAGUGUACGAUCAAGGAAUGCUCAAAAACUUUAAGUUCCGUUCCAUUGACGAUUUAUCACCACCCCCGAUGUUCACCAACUGCACAAAGACCUUUACUUCCAGUGUGACUAAAAGCAACAUGGUAGGCGAGCCUGGCGGCACUCCCGAACGCUUCGGCGCUGAUGGUGCCCCACGCAGAGUACCCAGUACAAACAACAGAGCACCACCCCCACCACCACCAUGUAUGUGCCCUUUUAAAUGCGAGAGUGUUAAUUAUAUACCCAUUCAUAUGUGA